GGUCUGCGAGGCGAGGGAAGCCGGCGCCGCGGCUGCUCCGCUGCUGCUUGUCCCGCCGAAGGCGCGGGCUCAGGUGGGUUGGCCGGAGCUGCGCGUGUGCACAGGGACGCGAAUGCACCGGGGCCUGAUUCGAGCCCCAAACUGGCUCCGGCCCCCUCCUGCCUUUGCACCUAGUUAAGAGAAACUCUGAGGACAUGCCGAGUGCCUCCCUCCCCCUUCCAGGAAACUGUUCUUCCUUUUCUCCUGUCACUCUUGUCAUCUACUGCAGUCUUUUCCAACAUGGUGUCCUGUGGAUGGUUUGGACUUCCUUUCCCAUCACCCCCAGCCAGCAUAACGAAUGGAAAGGAAUUCGGAGUUACAGGCUAGAAGGCAUGAAGGGUGACACAGGCUGAUUCACUGAAUGAAAUCUUUCCAUUGGUUGAACAUGAUUCAUACUAAUACAACUUCCUCCUUCCAUUGCACUAGUUUAUGGUUUCUUCUUUUUUUAAUGUUCGCUAUGGAUCACUAUGCACAAUUAUAAAUAUUUUAGAUCACCUUUAAAGGCCAAAACCUAUUUUCCCCUUCUGUGAAUUUGUAGCCACCAUGUUUUUUUUUUUUUGGAGGGGGGGAGUGUUUGUUUACUUGUUAUUGUUUCCUGACUUUAAUUUCAGUUCAUGUUGUGAGCUGCCUGACGGGUGAAUGAAAAGUAAAGGCACUCAUCUGGAUGAGAAGAGAGUUUCUUUGUGCUCCUGUGAGACGUGUUACAGCUCUCCCGCUCCUCCCAGCCUGGUUCCUCUCCAUUUCUAGGAUGCCGGAAGGCCCAGAGCUGUUUCUAGCCAGCCGGUACAUCAAUGCCAAGUGUGGAGAACUCCUUUUCUCAGGAAAGGUGGAGAAGUCGGAGGUGAGCAAGAAUCCAGAAGUGCCCUUUGAAAGCGACGGGUACACCAUCUCGGCCGUGUCGCGGGGCAAGGAGCUGAAGCUCACGCUAGUGCCGGUCCAGCGGAAGACUUCCUCCCUCCCUCCUCCUCCUCCCCCCAGGCCGGUCUGUCCGGCCCAGGGGCAGAAGGGCGCGCGGGAGUCCAUGGAUCUCGUCUUCCGCUUUGGCAUGUCCGGCGGCUUCAGGCUGGUCCCUGUGGCUGAGCUGCCCAAGCAUGCGCACUUGCGCUUCUACACCAAGGAGCGGCCGCCUCAGGCCCUCUGCUACGUGGACGUCCGGCGCUUCGGCCGGUGGGAGGUGAACGGCACCUGGCAGGCCGACCGAGGGCCGUGUGUGAUGCUGGAGUAUGAGAAGUUCAGGGAGCAUGUGCUGAGGAAUCUAUCCGACAAGGCUUUCGACAAGCCGAUCUGCGAGGCUUUGCUAAAUCAGAAGUUCUUCAACGGCAUCGGCAACUACCUGCGGGCCGAAAUCCUGUACCGGUUAAAAAUCCCUCCCUUUGAGAAGGCCCGGACCGUCCUGGAGGACCUGCAGCAUCGGGGACAGACCUCCGGCAUGACGCUGAGCAGAAAGGUGGCAACGAAACGGGCGAACCCCGACUUGCUGGAGCUCUGCCACAUGCUCCCGAAGGAGGUUGUCCAACUAGGUGGGAAAGGUUAUGACCCAGAAAGUGCACAGGAUUCCACGGCCUUUGAGGAGUGGCUGCAGUGCUACUCUGUUCCGGGCAUGAAGUCCCUGAGUGACUCCAACAACAGAACCAUCUGGUUCCAGGGCGAUCCUGGACCAAUGGCCCCCAAAAAGGGAAAAUCACGCAAGAAACGGGUGCAGGUAAAGGAGGAUCCUGAUGCGCCAAGUCCAAAGGUAACAGAGCCAGCAGCCAGGAGAAAUUCCAGGAUCAGCGCUCCUCAAGACGGCGCUGUGCGAAUGAGGAAGGCCGGAGGGCGGAAGGGGAGCAAAGUGGUCCAGGAAACAGAGGACGCUGCUGUGAAAACUGGGGCCAGGACACCGAAUACCAGAGCAAGAAGAAAAAUCUCUGUCUUGCCGGAGUCUCCACCAAAGGGUUCUCCAGCCGAGUCCCGGAAAAAGCGCACAUCGGCUCAGAAAAGGAGGGCCAGAGCUGCUGCUACCACAAGAUCCAGGCGAGCGAAGGCUCAGUGACCUGAUGCAGAAUGGCCCCCUCGCGUAUUAUGGUCUGGUCCCUGUGCUGCUGACCUAGGAGAAGGGAGCCAGAGCAGCUCUUUGUACGCAGCUUGCCCGUGCGGCUUUCUGGAUCUUUACCCUACAGCAUCUGGCUUUUUGCAAACAAGAUGGCUGAUCCGUGGACACUCGAGGGGGAUUGUGGUUGCUUGGCUGUUUCCGGGCUUCUGAAUUCUGUUCUGGGCCACAGAAGAGCAGCGGCAUUGCUUCCCUGCGGCACUCUGUACCCGUUUAUUUUCUGAAAUCCUGCUAGAGGUGCGGUCCUGGGUUCACAGCUUUUGCUCAAGCCAGCAAGUGGGAACCUUGCCUGUGAGUGAGGCUGGCGGGAGACCUUCUUACCAUGAGCCUUAAAAGCUGAAGGUGUGGUAUCACUUCCCAGCACACCUCUCCCGUUCAGCCUUUUUAGAAUUGCACCGUUGUGCGGUACGCAAGGGGAAAGAGCAAGCCGGCUAUCGGUUAUCCCACCAUCUGCUUCAGCAAAGACUUGGGGGGCGGGGGGUUGUGGAGCUGCAUGUUUGCAUCGAAUUGGUUUUCUGGAAGAGGUGACCCUGGUACUCCUCCUGAAGGGCGUGUGUGUGCAUGCGCUCAAAUCUGAUUUAAAGUUAAAACCUUAAAGGUAAAGGCACCUUUUAAAAAUGAAUAUAGCAUCAUAGCAGUGGGGGGAUUUAACCCCUUCUUCCCCUGCUGCAGUCUGCAGAAAAAGCCUUCCUCCUACUGGACACUUUCCCUGUUCCCCAAACCCAGAUUUGGCACCCAUGAGAAACAUGUCUCACCGUGCGAACAUCCGCUUCGGAAGACAGAUUUUCCUUGGGACUCCAGCGGGAGAGAAAAGCGUGAAGUCUCUCCUUUGGACCUGCUGCAGUUCCGAUAAUAAUCAACCCCAGUCCUGCUUUAUGAUAUUUGCAUUUUUAAAAGAGGUGCUGUUCCUGAAAUGCAAAGGCAGCUGUAUGCUCUCAUGUAAAUCAAAUGGCUACAGCUUUUCUCUUGUACUUUCUGGAAGGAAUUCCUUUCUGGGGCUGAAGAAUCACACAAACCAUUCAAACACAAGCUUCAGCUAAGAUGGCCAAGUAGUCUAGAGAUGCUUUUGUCCCAAUACGAAGGGAAAGUGGGUCAUUUUACCUAUCUCCUAGACCGCAAGUGGCAUGAUUUAAUGGUUGCUUAAAUGAAAUGUUCCUCUUUCUUUGGUGAUCACCUCUUCUCUUGGAUGAACAUUUUUAAAGUGCUUUUAUAAAGGAAAUCUGCUUUUUGAUGCUAAUAAAGAUUUGUUUUCUUGAAAGAA